AAUGUGGGUGUCUUUUACUUUUCUGUAAAGCUGCAUUUCCAGUAAGGUAAGAUCUCAGCACAUACGCUUCUGGCCAGUUACGAAUACAUGUCUUACUUUAGAUGUAGCAUCUGAGACUCGCAGACUACUGUAAAGAGUCUUCACUGGAGAUCAGCUGUGUAUUUAUGAGGCGUGACAGGUCUGACAACUUCUGAUUUUGAAGUUCCAGGAAAUCGUUCAAAUAAAAAGACUACAUAUAAGGAUUACCGCUUUAAAUACAGAAUGUACACCAACAAACAGCGUCAGGUUUAUCACUGCAUUGGUCUCAUGUUCUUCUUGUCGGUAGUGAUGUUUACUAUCAUCCAGAUUGAACACAUCAGCAUACAAAAGGUCUCAGAGCCGGAGAGAAUUGAAAGACAGACGCGAAUGGAGAAAGAAAUAGACCUGCAAAAUAAGAGCACCCACCCUAUUUCUGUAAACUUCAGUACGGAGAUCAUGCAAAGAAUGGAAUUGCUCGCAGAACAUCCCAAAGAAUCCACAACAUGGGAUAUCAUCAGCUCCAACUGCAGCGCCAGCCUCAGUUUCUUAUCCACAGAAUGGUUCACAAGUCUUAACUCCGAUUUUAAGCAAUUUCUGCUCUACCGGCAUUGCCGAUACUUUCCUAUCCUCAUGAAUCACCCAGUCAAGUGUGCCGGAGAUGUGGACUUGUUGAUGGUCAUCAAGUCUGUGAUAACACAAUAUGAUCGCAGAGAGGUGAUAAGACAAACUUGGGGCAAAGAGCAGACUAUCAAUGGGAAAAAUAUCAAGAUCCUUUUCCUUCUUGGGACAUCUUCCAAUGAAGGAGAGAGAGCCAACCAUCAAAAACUUCUGGAAUAUGAGAAUUACAUUUAUCAGGACAUCCUUCAGUGGGACUUCAUGGAUAGCUUCUUCAACCUCACCCUAAAGGAGAUUCACUUCCUGAAAUGGUUCUCCAUGUACUGCGGAAACACAAGCUACAUCUUCAAAGGAGAUGAUGACGUGUUUGUCAACGUUCCCAACAUCUUGGAGUAUCUGGAGGCAAGCAAAGACACAAAAGACCUUUUUGUGGGUAAUGUUCUUUUUAAAGCCUAUCCCAUUCGUAAUAAGAUGAGCAAGUACUACAUCCCUGAAGUCUUGUAUGAAAAGAACUACUACCCACCGUAUGCUGGUGGAGGUGGUUUCCUGAUGAAUGGUCCUCUUGCGCGUAAACUCUACGGAGCAUGUGAAACUCUGGAACUUUAUCCCAUCGAUGAUGUGUUUCUUGGGAUGUGUCUAGAAGUGCUUCAGGUAAAACCAGUUCAGCACAAUGCAUUCAAAACCUUUGGGAUUGUUAGGAAUGAAAACAGUAAGAUGAAUAGGGAGCCAUGCUUUUUUAGGGACAUGAUAGUGGUACACAAACUGCUCCCACCAGAUCUGAUCAACAUGUGGAGUCUGAUCUAUAGUGACUUAGAUUGUUCAAAGAAAAUUUGAACAAAUUUUGUAGUGAAAGACUGUGAUUAAUCAUGAAUAAUAAUUUUUAACGUAAAGUGGUAUGCCUUAACAUUUUCAACUGUCUUUGUCAUUUGAGCAUAAACAGGGCUACAAACCCGUAAAUAGGCUUUCUAAAUCCUCCAACAAUCCAUUUUGCUUUUGUUUGUGCAAUUUCUCAAGGUUUACAAAUGUCUUCAUAUGUGACUACUGCUCUGUAUCCAAGUCAUGGCCACGAGGUGGUGUGACACUAUCUCUUGUUUGCUUUAAAUAAAUAAUGUGAUUUUA